AUGAUCGCUUCAAAAGUGUGCUAUUUUCAGCUUAUUUUUAGUUUUGUGAUAUUUCCCUCAUUUAUCAAUGGUUCAUUGUAUAAAUUUCGAUGCAAUAGCGGAAAAUGUACGAGACAAAAUGCAGAAUUUUUAACCGAAACCGAUCGGUAUUUUGAUACACUCAAUGAAUGUCGAUUACUGUGUGGCGAAUAUAGCUCUUUAUGGCCAAUCCCUACCAAGGAACUCCGAUUGGGAGAUAAAACGGUGGAAAUUAGGCCAAAGAACAUUUUGUUCAACUACACGGACAACUCUAAGGCUGGUGAAGUGAGAAAAUUUUUGAACCAAACUCAAGCGAUUUUUUUGAACAAUCUCUACAAAGAAUGUGGCCCACGCUGUAUACACCCGACCGUAACAACACUAGUUAUUACCAUAAAUGUCGAUUCGGACGACUUAGAUCUUACUUGGACAACCAACGAAUCCUAUGAACUGCAAGUAACAAGCAGCGAAAGUAAAACCGAAGCCACCGUUUCAGCCGCGAAUGUUUUCGGAGCUCGUCACGGUCUGGAAACGUUGUCGCAAUUGAUGGCCUCAAAAAACUACGACGAUGGUAAUUGCCUGUUACUGCUGGCCGAUGCUCACAUUAGCGAUUCACCCAAGUUUAGCCACAGAGGGUUUUUGCUCGACACGGCGAGGAAUUAUAUUUCAACGAAUGCCAUUCGGCGUCAGCUCGAUGGAAUGGCAUCGAUCAAAAUGAAUGUGCUUCACUGGCAUAUCACGGAUUCACAAAGUUUCCCUCUGGAACUAAUCAGUUAUCCACAAGUUACGAAGCAUGGUGCCUAUUCCGAUGGAGAAGUGUACAGCCAAGCGGAAGUUAGGGAGAUUUUUCAAUAUGCCAAACAGCGCGGAAUACGUGUUAUUCUUGAAUUCGAUGCGCCUGCCCAUGUGGGUAACGGUUGGCAGUGGGCUCCUAAGGCUGGUUUGGGAAACAUAGCUGUGUGCAUCAACGAGCAACCUUGGCGCCGGUUGUGCAUAGAGCCUCCAUGUGGCCAAUUCAAUCCGGCAAAUUCCAAUAUCUACAACGUCUUAGGUGACGUAUAUUCUGACUUCGCGCAACUCAUCCCCAGUACGGAAAUCUUACAUAUGGGAGGAGACGAAGUGUUCUUUGGUUGCUGGAAUGCUACCGCGGAAAUCGUGGACUACCUUCGGAAACAGGGAAAAGGUCGCGAGGCACAGGAUUUCCUAGACCUUUGGGGAGAAUUUCAACGCAAUGUGCUUGAGCUGUGGGAUCGCGCACGAUAUUUCCAGGCCCCGUCACCAACGGUGCUGUGGUCGAGCCACCUGACCGAUCCAGAUGUUAUAGAGAAAUAUCUUCCGAAAGAUCGGUACAUCAUUCAAACCUGGGUGGAAAACGGUGCCGAGCUGCCGAAGAAACUACUGAAAAAAGGCUAUCGCCUAAUUAUUUCGACUAAAAAUGCCUGGUACUUCGACCAUGGAUUCUGGGGCAUAACCAGCUACUACAAUUGGCGAAAAGUAUACAACAAUAGGAUUCUGAACAGUAGUUUAAUCCUUGGAGGGGAAGCUUGCAUAUGGACGGAGUUCAUAGAUGAACAUUCCCUAGACUCACGCACUUGGCCUCGGUUAGCAGCAGUUGGAGAGCGACUUUGGGCAGAUCCGACGAUUGAUGCUUCUAAAGCCGAAGGACGUUUCUAUCGCCAGCGGGAUCGUCUCAUCAAACGGGGCUUAAACCCGGAAGCAGUGACACCAUUCUGGUGCGAACAGAACGAAGGGGAGUGUCAAUAG